UAUGAAUCUAAUGCUUUUGACCUUUUGGUGACCUUUGACAGAAAGGGAGAGCUAAGGACUAUCGAGGGGACAGGAGUCACGGAGGACUUGAAGAACCCAGCCAAGUUAGGCAUCAGCUACUCUUAUGUCCUCCCCUACUCGCCUUACUGGGUCAUCUCCACCGACUAUGAGAACUCAGCUCUAGUCUAUUCCUGCACCGAUGUCCUGCGUCUGUUCCACAUGGACUUUGCCUGGAUCCUGGGGCGCACACGCACCCUCCCUGCCGCCACCGUCGACAAAGCCAGGGAGAUCUUCACAAGCAGCAACAUUGACGUUAGCCGGAUGGUCGCCAGCAGGCAGCAGGGCUGUGAUAAGACCCUCUGAGAGAUUGAAUACAAUUGGAUAGAGUAGAACUUCAUAGAAUUUUCCCACAGGGACAUUUGGUUUGCAACAACAUAGUAUGCAAAAGAGAUGUUGAUGGAAAAAAGUAAUAUAGUUUCCCUCAUCUGUAUAAUAACAUGUUAGCUCGGCAAACUUCAGUGACAUUCCAUUCAUUAUUCAGAGGAAU